AUGAAUAACCUAUUCACAGUUAAAUUAUCUGUCAUGCUUUUGCUGUCAGUAAUUUACAUGUUUUCUCAACAUGUAACAUGCCUCCAAUCUGAUUAUCCCUUUGGAAGCAUUUACAGACCAUUCUCUGCAAGCUCUCCUUGGAAUUGUCGUCCAGUCAACCCAGUUUUAGACGAUACCAAAACUAUUCCACUAUCAACAAUGAACUUUUAUCCAACAGUUGGUGAAGGAAUUUAUUCUACUGGAGUUUUCGUUGCCUCAAAAACUGAUUCUCCACUCACAGUUUAUGGUUCAUCUAGUAAGGGAAUUGGCGUGCCAGAUAUUGGUGGAUUUGCUCCAAAUAUUACAAUUCCAAGAUGGCCAGCUAAUACUUUACCAGCUAGUGGAAGUGAUGGUCACUGUGAAAUUUAUGAUCCAAUCUCAAAUGUUAUUCACUCAUUCUGGCAAAUGGUCAAAAUUAAUGGCACCUGGUGUACUACUCUCUAUUCAUGGACAGCUCUCGAUGGUUCUGGAUGGGGAAAUCCAGCUCAAUUCUAUCAAGGAGCCAGAGCCACAGGAGUUGUGAGUUCUGCAGGAUUGAUUAGAAAACAUGAAGUAGAUGAUGGCGAUACUCAAUAUAGACAUGCAUUGACUGUAUCCAUGACUCACAAUGGUUUGUCUAAUAAUCCACCAUAUGUUUGGCCAGCCACUGCAUCUGAUACUGAUUAUCAGAGCAAUUAUGGAACUAUUCCUGAAGGUAGUUUAUUGAUGCUUCCUUCCACUUUCAAUGUCACUGCUCAACUUACCAUUCCAAAAUUGAGAAAAGUUGCAGAAACUUUGAAAACUUAUGGAGGUUAUGUCACUGAUCGUAAUACUGGUACACCUUAUGGCAUUUUCGUUGAAAUUGGCAGUAAUUACACAUUGCAUCCAGGUGGUUGGAGUAAUCAAGCAGCAUAUGAAUUGCAACUCAUUAGAGCUGCUCUCAGACCUCUCAAAUCUUGUUCAGGAUAUUUGAAUGGUGAGGAUAAGGUGAUUGAUUUUAAUAGAAAUCAAAAUUUACUUUCCAUGAGAGGUCUUUGGACUGUAAGUUCUGGAGGACCUGCUGGAUAUUUCGAUACAUGGAGACAAGCAGUAAUCUUUUCCAGUAGAACUGUGAAAACAGUUCAGAAUAAUGCAAAUGGAAAUGGAUAUUCACCAGUUUCAUGGGCUAAAACAGUUGCUGGUCAAUUGUAUAAUGUUACAGCUCUUACUACUGGAGGAGGACAGUUUAGAUUGUUUUUGAAUUUGGCUUGUAGGAAUCUUUCAAAUAUUGAUAGUGGAAAUUUGAAUAAUGGACAAAGUUUCGUAUUUACUUGGCCAUCUUCUUCAUGUUGGGGAAGUAUUUCAGCAAUUAGUGGAGUCAAUCAGGAAUCAACUGUUUCAGUUCAAAUGUUAAAGGUUGAAGUACCUAGCGCAGUUACUUCUUCACCAAAACCAGCAGUUUCUUCCAAUUCUAAUUCAAACUCCAACACAAAUUCCACUGCUACUCCUGAUGCUAAUAUUUCAAGAAAUGUCAAUGAUGCUCAAUUGGUUCGUCUUCCAAACGUUUUAAUUGUUUUAGUUUUGAUCAUCUUGUCCUUCCUUUAUUUGUAA